CGGCGAGCGUCGCGUCGCAGCGCGGGUCACGUGACUCCCGCACGGGCCUGCUGUGUGUUGUGAGCGGACGGAGACCGAGGAAGAAACAUGGCGGACACGAGCGAUCUGAAGCGGCGCGCCGGGCGUUCGGUUUGAGCUUUCUCGCGUUAACCGAGACCGCUGCUCCGCGGGACUAGUGCAUUCUUACCUGCGCGGGAUCAACUUUGCAGUGGUGCCCGAAAUUCCGGGUUUGGUGCGUGUAAAGUGCAGGCAAAACGCGAAACGGAGGAGAAUAGAUUUUUAUCCAUAAUGAGGGGGAGACGAGGCAGGCCGCCCAAAGCGCAGCUAACGCAGGAGCCCACGGCGGGGCCGGUGCGUGGUCUGAGACCCCGCCGGGGCUUGAGAGCGAAGCCAAAAGCGAUCUGCGAUGAGGAUUAUGUCACCCCUAAACGGGGCACCCAUCAUCAUCCAACACGAGGCCGGAGGAAAGUGCGCUCCGCGGCAUCGAGAGGCAGAGGAAGAGGCAGGGGGACGGCCAGGAGCAGGGGGCGGCGGAGCACCGCAAGCGGGGUGGUGUACGACGACCACGAGAGCGACGACGAGGACGAAGACGUGGUCAGUUUGAGAUCGGAAGAGGAAGAAUACACGGAGGAGCCUCUGACGGACGAAGAGGAGGAAGAAGAGGAGGAGGAGGAGGCCAACGACGAGUCCGACUACCUGGAGGAGCUGAACGAUCUGGAGGAAGACGAUGCCAGUUACUGCACGGAGAGCAGCCACGGCAGCAACGCAGUAGGUCGUAAAAGACCAAGACCCAGGCGACCACCUUCUCCUAUUCUGGAGCAGAAGGAGAUUCCUCUUCUGGAGCUGCCCAGUUCCUCCGAGGACCUUCUCAUUACCAACGAGCAGCUACUCAAUGCUUCGGCUAUUUACGAGGUCCUUCGCAGCUUCAGCACUGUCCUGCGUCUCUCUCUGUUCCGCUUCGAGGACUUCUGCGCCGCUCUGGUGGGACAGGAGCAGUGCACACUGAUGGCAGAGACGCACAUCUGCCUCCUGAAGGCCAUCUUAAGGGAGGAGGACACCUCCAACACCACUUUUGGACCGGCGGACCUCAAAGACAGCGUCAACUCCACGCUCUACUUCAUCGACGGUAUGACUUGGCCAGAAGUGGUGCGUGCGUAUUGCGAAAGCGACCCCGAGUAUCACCACGUGCUCUCUGACCUGGAGGGUGAAGACUAUCCGUUUAGCCCUCUGGAGAGCAAAGUCAAGGUCUUGCAGUUCCUAGUGGACCAAUUCCUCACCACCAACCUGGCCCGUGAGGAGCUGAUGUCAGAGGGGGUCAUUCAGUAUGAUGACCACUGCCGGGUGUGCCACAGGCUCGGAGACCUCCUGUGCUGCGAGACCUGCUCGGCCGUGUAUCACCUGGAGUGUGUCAAGCCUCCUCUGGAGGAGGUGCCCGAGGACGAGUGGCAGUGUGAGAUCUGUGUGGCACACAAUGUGCCCGGCGUGACAGACUGUCUGACCGAGUUCCAGAAGAGCCGGCCGUACAUCCGGCAGGAGCCCAUUGGUUACGACCGACAUCAAAGAAAAUACUGGUUUCUCAACAGGAGGAUUAUUGUAGAGGAAGAUGGUGAGGAUGAAAAUAAGCAGAUCUGGUACUACAGCACUAAAGUCCAGCUGGCCGAGUUGUUGGAGGUUCUGGAUAAAGAGUACUGGGAGAACGACCUGUGCUCUGUGCUGGAGGAGAUGAGGGAGGAGAUUCACUCUCACAUGGACAUCACUGAGGAGCUCACUAACAAGGCCCGGGGGAAUAACAAGGCAUACCUCACCGUUGCCAACGAUGUGAUCCUGGACCGUCUGAAGACCAAGCAGGAGGCGGAGCUCGAGGAGGUGAAGCGACGGGCCGCAGAGGAGGCUGAGAGGGCCAGACUGGAAUCAAAACCUGUGGCUGGUGAAGCAGCUGCAGCCGAUCAGAUGAACUCCAACGGAUCAUGUCCUCAACAAGACUCCAGUAACGGCAGUGCAACCAAUGAGCAGACUUCUGCAGAUGCCUCAGUCUCCGCUGUCCCGACUGGUGAGGUGGGCAGCGCUGAUGUUCCUGAGCUCGCUGCAUCCAGCGCGGCCAUACCGACUAAAUCUGACUCCCAGAAUCCCACAGGAAAUGCCAUGACACUUUCUUCAAGCGGUGAGAAGAAAGGGGAAGGGACUGAAGAGGUGAAAGAGUUGGCAGGUAAGAGCUCAGAGUCUGCCGGUCACGGAGAAGGAGAUUCUGCACUAGAAACUGAACCUGCACAAACAGCGGAUGAGAACAGCUGCAGCAGUCAUUUCUCCAUCUCUGAAUGCCUGCGAGGUCCAGAAGAGCCUGACCUGGUGGACCGGUCCUCACAGUCUUCCCUCAACAGCCAGGACGAUACAGGUGAGGGUAAAGCUAAUGGAGAUAGCGGAAAAACAGCAUCGUCGCGCAUGAUUACACGACUACGAAACCCUGAUAGCAAGCUAAGCCAACGCAAAGUCAUGCAGGACAAAGAUGGCAGCUCUCAAGAUGGUAGCAGAUCACUUAAAGAGACUCCUUCACUGUCAUCCUUCGGCUCCUUUAAGAGAGAUUCAAACAAGAGCAGUGGCUUUUUCAAACUGGGCCAAGAGGGUAAAUUUCGUGUCUACCACAAUCAGUACAGCACUAACACACUUGCACUGAACAAGCACCAACACCGCGAGGACCACGACAAACGCAGACACCUCUCCCACAAGUUCUGCAUGACCCCUGCUGGUGAGUUCAAGUGGAACGGAUCGCUGUAUGGCUCCAAAGCCCUGACUGUGUCCACACUGAGAUUAACCAUCAUCCAGCUGGAGAACAAUGUCCCUGCGCCGUUCUUGCAUCCCAACUGGGCGUCACACAGGUCAAACUGGAUAAAGGCUGUCCAGAUGUGCAGCAAGGCGAGAGAGUUUGCUUUAGCUUUGGCCAUUCUGGAGUGUGCAAUCAAACCAGUGGUCAUGCUCCCUAUGUGGAAGGAUUCUCUGGGUCACACAAGGCUUCAUCGCAUGACCUCUGUGGAGCGGGAAGAGAAGGAGAAGGUGAAAAAGAGAGAGAAGAAACUAGAAGAUGAAGAGACUAUGCAGCAGGCCACAUGGGUGAAGUACACUUUCCCCAUCAAACACCAGGUGUGGAAGCAGAAGGGUGAGGAGUACAGAGUAACUGGGUAUGGAGGCUGGAGCUGGGAGAGUAAGACGCACGUCCAUCGCUUUCUCCCAAAGCUACCUGGAAACACCAAUGUCAAUUACCGGAAAGCACUUGAGGCAGCUAAAAUGGGAAAGGACAAUCAGGCAGUUCUCCCAGAAACUUCAGUUAAAACAGAAGAAAUUUCAUCUCAAAAUGUGCCUGAAAAGGAUGACGCCCAGGACAUGUCACUGGAUACUUCUGAAGAAAAUCUACCUGUGGAGAAAGAUCCUGGGUUAAAAGAUGAAGAACCAAAUGAAGAAAAAGAGAAUGAAACAGCUGAAAAAAUGUGUGCUGAGAAAAAUGAAUCUGUGGAAGAAAUGGACACCAGCACACCUAACUCCCUAAACGAUGAAGCGGCUAACAUCACAAAUGUCUCACCUGAUGACUCUCCUUUGAAAGGAGAGCCUUCUAGUUCCCUGAACCAACCCCAGCAAUCCUUCUGGCAUGAUGUUGUGAAUGUCAGUGAAGGCUUCUUGCUACGCACAGCAUACAAGAAAUUGAAGACAUCAAAACUUGAUGGCCUUUUGGAGAGACGGGUCAAACAGUUCACUGUAGAAGAGAAGCAGAGGCAUGAGAAACUCAAGCAGGCCAGCAGUUCAAAACCCUUGACUGAAGAGAUAAUGGAAAACAAGGAGACAACCUUUGCUGCUGAAGACCAAAAGGUCAAGAUUGAAGGAACUAUCUCUGAAACACCAAAGUCUAGACAGACAGAGGGGGUAGCAUGUCUAGCGAUCCAAGAAAAAGACAAUGUGGUCAAAAAGCUUGACUUUAACCAAGAGGAUGAGCAGGUGAAGACAAACAUUUCAGGACAGAAGAACAUCCUGGAUGUCAGAUUAAGUGACUCGUGUGACUUAGCCCCUAAAGAACAUCAGCAGAAGUCUCCAGAGCCAGAACCUAAGACUACCAGUAGGGUGGCAAUGUCUGAGCUUAAUGGAAACUCUCAAAGUCUGGAUCAAAGCUUGAACGCUAAACCUGAUAAAACGGUUACAGAAACUACAUGUCCGUCUGAAGACUCUGAGAGAAAGGACAUCAUUGAAAACAAUGAGAACGAUCAAGACGUAACGAGAACAGGGCCUGUGCAAGUAAAUGGGAAGGAUGCUCUUGUUGACACACAAUGCAAGAAUUUGACUGAUAAUGUUAACACAAAGGAGCUGACCAAUACCGUUGGGGUGGAGAUUAAAGCAAUAUCACCAAAGGAACCAGUGAAGUCACUAAUGAAUGGUGACGCCACUCAAGAGUGUCUUAAAGAAUGGACUAAUAGCACGCUUCCUCAGGUGAAUUCAGAUGAGGAGAAAGGACUUACCAAGCUUGACCCAGAUUGUCCACCACCUCAGAAAGUGGCCAAGUUGGAAAACAACAUCGAAGGACCUGUAGACUCCUCGGUUGGUUCCUCUGUACCCAAACCAUCUUCUGUAGCUUCUGAGCCAAAUGCAAGAUCCGAGGUGCCUAGUCAUAGCUCAAAGGUGGAGCAGAUGCAAGUUGAGGAGGCAAAGCCUCCUGUUCCUUCACCUAUCCCUUCAGCUGAAGAGUCCAGCUUAAGCAGUGACCUCACUGAAAACAGCAACAGCGUUAGUGAGAUUAUGACCGUCAUUACUCAAGUCACCACAACUACAACCACAGUGUCCACAGAGUCUCGCAUGGUGUUGACCUCUCGUGACAGUCUUGCUUCCAAUAACCAGAUCAGUACAUCUAUACCAGCAGAUUCUAAGGUGGAGUCUACCAGCUCUGUUUCGACACUCUCCACUAAAUCUACCACUACUGUUACCAAGGUUAUGAACUCAUCCCAGGAAGCUACUCUAACAAAAGAGUGCAAAGCCACUGUCACGAAAACACUGAUCGAUUCUAUGUCUGGUCCUAGUGGUUCCACUGUAAAAUCUAUGACAGUGAGUCAAGAAUAUUCCACCAGGGACAGGGUACGACUGUUAAAGUUCUCAUGUACCAAGAAAACAAGGUCUGGAACGGCCUUGCCUUCAUACCGCAAGUUUGUGACCAAGAGUAGCAAGAAGAGUAUCUUCGUUCUUCCAAAUGACGAGCUGAAGAAACUCGCAAGGCGCGGUGGCAUCCGUGAAGUUCCUAUCUUUAAUUAUAACGCCAAGCCAGCUUUAGACAUCUGGCCCUACCCAUCCCCACGACCAACAUUUGGGAUCACAUGGAGGUAUCGACUCCAAACGGUGAGAUCUUUGGCUGGAGUGAGCUUAAUGCUACGGCUGCUUUGGGCCUGUCUCAGAUGGGACGAUAUGUCUGUCAAACCCUCACCCACAGGAGGAACAACACGAACAGAGACAUCUGACACCGAUAUCACCACCACUGAGAUCAUCAAGCGGAGAGAUGUUGGUCCUUAUGGUAUUCGUUCCGAGUAUUGUAUCAGGAAGAUCAUUUGUCCCCUUGGGGUGCCUGAGACUCCCAAAGAAACUCCCACUCCUCAAAGGAAAGGCCUUCGUUCAAGUGCUCUGAGGCCAAAGAAGCCAGAGCCAGCUAAGCAGACUGGGCCUGUUGUGAUCGAAACCUGGGUGGCCGAGGAAGACUUGGAACUCUGGGAGAUUCGAGCCUUUACCGAAAGGGUUGAGAGGGAAAAGGUGCAAGCAGCUGACCCAACUAAGAAACGGCUGGAACAGCAGAAGCCUAGCAGCACCAGCAACACGUCCACCUUGACCAACACGCCUACAACCCCUGGGACCACUACUCAAAAGGUGGUGGUGGGCUCGAUUAGCGGUCAGGUAACUUCAGCGCCAAAAGUGGUUAUGACCACCAAGUUGGGCCCUCCAGUGACAUUCCAGCAAAACAAGAACUUCCAGCAGUCCUUUGCUUCCUGGGUCAAGCAGGGCCAACAAGGAAACUCAGUCUCUACCAGUUCGGUUGUGACUGUGGCGGCGAGUAGCGCCACCACGUCUGGGCAAACGUUCCACAUCGCUGCUGCUGCGGGGUCGAUGGCCGGCAGCGUCAUCGCUGCUAAACUACCUGUUCCAGCCAACAGCAAGAUAGUCACAGUAAACGUGCCAACCACUCAAGGAGGCUUGGUGCAGGUACAGCAGAAGGUGGUGGGCAUCAUUCCAUCAAGCACAGCGGGCACCGCACAGUCCUUCCCUGCAUUCCAGCCCCGUGCGGCCACCGUCAACAUCAGACCCAACACAGCCACCUCCACGCAGCAGGUCCUUACGACUGGAAGCGCUCUCCGACCAGGGAUGACUGUGAUACGCUCUCCUCUGCAACAGACCACCGCCCUGGGCAAGACUAUCAUCCGCACGCCCCUGAUGGUUCAGCAAGGUCAAGCACAACAGACAGUGCAAACGAGUUCAGGCGCUCAGGUGGUGGGUACUCCUCGCCUUUCCACCCCAAACCAAGGCCAGACCCCACAGACAGCCUCUUCUCCCCGACCACAGCAGGGGCAGGUCAAACUCACUCUGGCCCAGCUCACACAGCUCACUCAGGGGGCUCAGGGAGGGAACCAGGGCUUGACGGUUGUGAUCCAGGGGCAAGGUCAGACCACCGGGCAGCUGCAGGUCAUUCCUCAGGGGGUCACGGUCAUUCCGGGGCCGGGUCAGCAGCUCAUGCAGGCAGCCAUGCCCAAUGGCCAAGUCCAGCGGUUCCUGUUCACACCAAUGGCCCCUGCACCAGUGUCUGCCCCCGCAGCCCCCUCCACAACAACCUCAUCAGGCGUCCCAGCCACAGCUGCACCCGCUGCCGCCACCAGCACACCUCCAGCACACAUUCAGCCAGCUGCUCGUCUAGCUCCUCUGCCCCAGCCGCUGACCUCACUUCCUCCCACAUCAUCUGUCCCUCCAUCACUGCCGGCCCAGCAAGCCCCCACCCCAGUCCCAAACACAGCUGUUCCCCAACCGAUUCCAUCAGUUCAGCCUCAUCCACCCAUACAACUCCGACCUCAACCCCAGGUCCCUCCUCAGACUUCAGUCCCGCCCCCUACACCUGUCCCCACCCACCAAAUAGCUCAGGUGACGGCCAGCGCACCUCUACAACAGGUCACCACCCUCCCCAUCGCCCAGACCACCGUUACCAAAGUCCAGUCCCAGAUCCAGCUUCCCCCUCAGCUCCUGAGCGUCCCCGGGCUCCAGCAGCAGGUCAUCUCGCACAUCCAGAGUCAGGUCGCCGCCCAGAUUCAGGCUCAGGUCCAGCAGGUCGGGACCACGGCCGGGAUGCCCCAGCAGAUCAAACUGCAGCUGCCCUUUCAGAUCCAGCAGCAGGCCGGAGGGACGGACCAGGCGCACCAGAUCCAGAAUCUGGUGACCAUCCAGACAGCCAGCGUACAGGAGCAGCUCCAGCGCAUCCAGCAGCUCUGCGAACAGCAGCAGCAGAAGAAGAAACAGCAGGAGGCUAAGAGAGAGCAGGCCCAGCAGCACGUCAGCCAGAGCGAUCUGAUACAGAAACAGGUGGCUCAGAAGCAGAAUGUGGUCAUAGAGCAGUUGAAACAGAAGAAAACCAUGACCCCUGCUGAAAGAGAGGAGAACCAGAGGAUGAUCGUCUGUAACCAGGUGAUGAAGUUCAUCCUGGAUAAAAUCGAUAAGGACGAGAGGCAGGCGGCCAAAAAGAGGAAACGGGAGGAGUCUGUGGAGCAAAAGCGCAGCAAGCAGAACGCCAGCAAGCUGUCGGCUCUGCUCUUCAAACACAAAGAGCAGCUCAAGGCUGAUAUCCUAAAGAAAAGAGCUCUGCUUGAUAAAGAACUACAGCUGCAAGUGCAGGAGGAGUUGAAGCGCGAUCUCAUUAAACUGCGGCGGGAGAAGGAGAAAGCUCAGGCUGCGGCUGCACAAGCUGCAGCGGCUGCCGCGGCCGCCAGCACACACGGGCACAGCGGUCUCUCCUCGUACACGGCCACGGUCACGUCCCCCUCCUCGGCACACAAACGCAAGCGGGAAGAGGAGAGAGACGCCUCCAAGUCCAAACGCAAAAAGAUGAUCUCCACUACCUCAAAGGACAGCAAGAGGGACAUCAAGUUAUACUGCAUCUGCAAGACGCCCUACGAUGAGUCCAAGUUCUACAUCGGUUGUGACCUCUGCUCUAACUGGUAUCAUGGAGAGUGUGUGGGCAUCACUGAGAAAGAGGCCAAGAAGAUGGAUGACUACAUCUGUUCAGAAUGUAAACGUGCUCAGGAGGGAAGCACAGAGGAGCUCUACUGCAUCUGCAGAACUCCCUACGACGAGUCCCAGUUCUACAUCGGUUGUGAUCGCUGUCAGAACUGGUACCACGGGCGCUGCGUGGGCAUCCUACAGAGCGAAGCCACACAUAUCGACGAGUACGUGUGCCCGCAGUGCCAGUCCACAGAGGAUGCCAUGACGGUCCUGACGCCGCUCACAGAUAAAGACUACGAGGGGCUGAAGCGGAUCCUGCGCUCCUUACAGUCCCAUAAAAUGGCAUGGCCAUUCCUGGAACCAGUGGAUCCAAAUGAUGCUCCAGAUUAUUAUGGGAUCAUCAAGGAACCGAUGGACCUUUCUACAAUGGAGGAGAGGAUACAGAAACGCUUUUACAGCAAACUCACAGAGUUCGUAGCGGACAUGACCAAAAUCUUUGACAACUGCCGCUACUACAAUCCCAGCGACUCACCUUUUUACCAGUGUGCGGAGUUCCUGGAGUCUUUCUUUGUACAGAAACUCAAAGCUUUCAAAGCAAGCAGAUUAUCAUAAGUCAUAGUGGCUGAAGGGGCGGAGUCAUUCUGUAUUAGAGAAUCAUGGAACUUGCUGUUUUAUUAACAGUGGAAGCUGAUGUACAUUUAAGUCAAAUGAGUAAAACUGUUUGGAGAACCUGUCAAUAAAAGCAAGCCAAGACUCCAGUGAAGCCUUUGACAAUCGGCAGCCAUGUUGAACACACAGAAAUCAAGGGAAAUGCUGUCUGUGCAUUUAUGAUCCUGUAAUUUUUUUUUUUUACCCAUUACGUUUGCUGAUCACAUGAUGUUAUUUAUGGUGUUUACAUGAACGCAUGAUCAUAUUUAUCACAUGGAUUGGCUGAUUAAAGGCAUUUUAAGACUUUUCUGUUCAUUUUUCUUUUUUUUUUUCUUUUUUUUUGUAAUGUGCUUAAUGUUUGUUUCAGCUGGUUCGCUGAUCUGUCCAAGUUUUCAUUGAGAGGACUAAUGAAUUUGCUGAAAAUUUGUGCAACUUUAUAACUUGCGCAGUUUCGGUUGGUUUAAAUAUGUAGCAAAAUAAAGAGUUUUAAAUCCUUUUAUUAGGAUUUCAAUGUUGAAAUAAAGGACCAUGCUUUAAAAAAAAAAAGUUUAAUUUGUUUUUAAUUUCUUUUAAAUUUGGAGUUGAAACCAGCACCAAUUAAAUGACUGAAGGCAUUCCCGUUGUAUCAUGCCAACAUGGCUGCCAUUCCUUUAACCCCUGAGGCUUUUUUUCCUCUGUGCUGUAGAUUCAAUUGUCCACAUUUAUUUGUGAAUGUUCAAUAAAACCAAAGGGCUUUUAACCUCAUUCUCUCUGUAUUCUCUAGGUCUCAUAACAACAAACUACAGUCAUCAGCCUCGUAGAAUACAACCACAUGCUAUUCUAAAUAAACAUUGAACAUUUAAUUCAAGAUGGAGCUCUAUCCAAGUUAGCCAGCAUCGCACAUAGCCACAGCGUUUGGUGGGAUAUCGGACGUGAAAGCUGUGGGUUUGGAUCAAGAAUGGACGGUUUACAUUUUUGGUUGUUGAAACAAUGAGUUUAGACUGGGAUGCUCUCCUAUUGGAUUUCUUUGAGGAUUAAAUGCCUACAAAAAAAAAGUUUUGUGCGUUUUUAAAACCCUCUGGGAUCAUGUUCCCAUUUUCCAGGACAGCAGGAGUCUAUCAUGGGUGCACCUGUUGUUUUUUCCCCCCUUUAUAUGAUUCAGCAUACUACUUCAGAAGUGGAAUGGGGACGCAAUCUGCUAACUGGUUUUUAAGCAAUGGGGUUGAUCAAGGUACCUAAACUAUGAACGUGUUGCAUCGAGGGCUGAUGAAAGUAGUAGUCAAGAAAGUAUCCUGUUUGUAUAACUUGUCUUCUUUUUUUUAUUGCAACUGAAGAAAUAUUGAUGUAUAUGGAACAAAUAAAUGGAGGGGACAGGAUUCUCUCUUCUACAUUAA